UCCCACUAUUCCAACUUCCUGAGCUGAUACUGAAACGGCCCACUAGGUCUGCGCAAAUCACACUACAUUGUACCCCUCUCAGUUGCUGCAAGGUCAGACCAGGGUAUAGAAGGUGGAUCACGGUGGCAAUCUGUGGGCCAAACGCAUCCGUGUUGUGAGACCUUUAACGACUCAGCGGUCACCUCAAGUCUGAGAAAUCAUUGGGUCUUGACGCGGCCCUCUCCACAACACCACAUACCCUACCUCGUGUCUCUCCAGAUGGUAAUACUACCACUGCACGCAAGAUGUUGGCCGUCUCCUCGGUUCGCCUGCGGGCGCUUCCACGCAACCUCAGCAUCUGCAGCGUCUCGCAGGUUCGACGACUCACCAUGAAAUUAUCAUCACCACAAAGCUCGAAAGUCUACGAUGCCGUCAUCAUCGGAGCUGGCCCGGCAGGCCUCACAGCCGCGUCCAGCCUGAUUGAUGCCGGACUAUCCCGCAUAUGCAUGGUGGACCCUACUUUCACCGCAGGCCGCAUUCAUGAGAAGUACCGCGAGGUGCCCAGCAACACCAAGACCGGCUUGUUCGUGCAAUGGGCCACUGGAACCAAGACAUUCGCUCAUAUCAUCAAGUCCGCACCGGGGCCUAACGCAUAUACUAAGAUGCUGGAGCUCGACCAGGAUACUACGUGUAUGCUGGGUGAUGCCGUGAACGUGGCGCAGCUGCUGACUGACGGCAUGAGGAAGGUCCCUGGUAUCGAUAGUUUGGCCUCCGAAGUUCGGCAUCUCGUGCGUGAAGGAGACGUCUGGAGACUGCCAGAGCACGGCGUCACUAGUCGGAAGGUGGUACUGGCGCAGGGGUCGCGGCCGAGGCAAUUUGGGUUGGCAGAUCAGUAUCCGAAUCUGCAAGAUCUGGAUUUGGAUACCUCGCUGAAACCGUCUGCCCUCAAGGGACAGGUCCCUUUUGGGUCUAGGGUUGGCAUCAUAGGGUCUAGCCACUCGGCCGUGUUGGCUAUGAAGAACUUGUAUGAGUUGGGCGAAGGGGUCAGUCUUGUCAAUUUUUAUCGGUCGCCGCUGUUGUACGCCGAGUAUAAGGACGGUUGGAUCUUGUACGACAAUACGGGACUCAAGGGCGUGGCUGCAGAUUGGGCGAGGAAGGUUCUUGGGCCUGAGAAGGAUCCUAGAGUUCGCAGGAUACACCUGGCGGCGCCGGGUCGGAAGGAGCAGGGGAUUUAUGAUGCUGAGCUGCCCCAGUGCACGCAUUUGGUCAGCGCUAUUGGUUAUGACAAUAACGAGCCGCCAAAGGUCGAGGUUGAUGGGCGGCAAGUCAAGCUGGAUUUUGAUCCGUUGACUGGCCGUUUCAAGGGUGUCCUGGGGCUGUAUGGUUCUGGCAUUGCGUAUCCAGAGCGCGUUACUGAUCCGGUGGGGAAUGUCGAGAGUGCCGUCGGCUGGAUGAAGUUUUUGAGGUUUUGCAGGAGGGUGGCUCCGGAGUGGGCGGCUGAAUAGGGCCAGCGUGCCGUCUUCUUUCAGAUAAAAGGAGUUGGGAACCAGAAGGGGGAAGUACAAUAUAGAUUCCAUGCGUUUGGUACUAUAUACUGAAACAAAGAACAUUAAGGC